AUGCCCGCCAGUCCGUUCUCCCUCGACGCCCCCAUCCCUCCGCAUCUUGACCUGGCCGGUGCUCGUUCGCAACUGUUCCAAGUGCCGCCCACCCCCUCGGCCUCAUCCGCCUUGUAUCGCUCCAUUUCCAUCCCCAACCGCAAGAGAUCCCGCCCUGAGGUUGAGAAUCGCUCCUGGCUGGACAUCGAUGCUCCCACCACCCGAAUCCCCUCAUUUUUCUCCCCAGAUGAUUAUCUUCCCGGGGUGGAUGACAUCUCUGCCGAUCUCGACUACCGCCCCAGUCGGUAUCGCAAUCCCCCGCGCCCCAUCACCCUCGAUGACAGCAUCGAGUCCCUCAGUGAAGCCGCAGGCAUCCGCCGGAAACGCAGUCGUCCGGACCCGUCGUUGAUCGCGGCCUCUCCCCUCACUUCGCCCCUCCAUCACAAUGAAAAGAUGACCCCCAGCGGCGAGGCUUCUCCGCAACUGGCUCCGGUCCGCUGGAGUCGGGCGGUGCUCGGCGUGGUCGGCAAAGUCUGGGACUUUUGCUGGGGGGGAGCCUUUCGGGGUUUCUAUGCGGGAGGCGGUCGAGGCUAUACCAUGACCGCGGAGGAUGUAUCACUGCCGCUACCCGCCCCAUCGACUGAAAAGGAAAACUUCAUCUUUGCCCCGACCCCUCAGCCCCAACAAGGUCCUGCCAGUCCUCUGCCCGGCAAGUAUCCGGACGAGGACGAUCUCAACCGCAGCUGGGUCAUGGUCUCUGCCCGCGAAGGAUUCGGGGACGAAGCCAGCCCAUCGCAGCGCCGGCGAGUUCAUCGCCGGACCCCAGCACAUGCCCACAGCCGCCGGCGGUCGCAGGGUAAGCGCACGCUGAUGACGCCGCACGCGCCGUCCAUGCCGACCCGGGCACAGUUCUCGACGCCGGCCAAGCCGCGGGAGAGCCCCGUCUCGGUGGAGACGCAGCGCUACAUGGCGCAGAAGCGACGCAUGGAGCGGGAGGAGGAUGCCAGUCUCGCGCGGUUGAACCGCCAGCUUCAAGCGAUGAUCAAAGAGGGCCAGCAGGCGCUGGGAACUCGCGUGGAGGUGAACGACCUGGAUAUGGAGGAUUAA